AUGAAUAACGAAUACAUCAUUACGUUCAGAUGGCUUCGUGAUGAUUAUACAAGACUACGAGAUGGAACUGAACUGUUUGAACGGGUAAACGAGCGCUAUGCAAACGCAAAUUGUGAUGUUCCAGGCAGCAGUGCAACGCAACAAGAUUUGAAUAGUCUCAGGAGCAGCGACCACGAUUUCUCUAUAAAUACAAAGUCUGUUGUCGAUUGUAGUAACGAUCAUUUGGGUGAUAGUAAUACUGUCAGCCAAGGUCCCUCUACAGAAUGGCCAAAUAACGACACGAAGCAAAAUGUGCCCCGCAGACCUCGCAAAGGUCACAAAAAGUCGAGACGUGGAUGUUACAAUUGCAAGAAACGUAAAGUAAAAUGUCAAGAAACCUUACCUUCGUGUCAAAAUUGUGCACGAAAUCAACUGUCUUGCAACUACCCUACGCUUCCACCUCCAAUAUUACCCCUAAAGUCUCGCCAAAUUUUUAAUCCAAGCCCGGUCCCAUAUGGAAGCUUGCAAGCUACUCCAACGAUAUUCUCUUUAGAUGAAAUGUUCAUUUUUCAUCAUUUUUUGAUAUAUGCCCAUCCCUAUUUGCCUGUAGGGAGCAAGGAAAAGUGGGUUCGUCAUGUCCCAGUCCUGGCUCAUCAUAAUUCUUUCUUACUUCACGCUAUUCUUGGCUUAUCAGCAUCCCAUAUUGCAAGCAAUUCACCUUUUUCCCCCUUUGAUUCUACACUCAACUCAGGAAGUCCUACCAAAAGUUAUCACACCCUGUCACUGCACCACCGCAUACUCGCCAUCUGCGGGCUAUCAGCGCUAUUCGCCAGACUCAAUCCCUCGACCACGACGAAAUUUCAAAGACAAACGAUCCAAGCGACUCUCUACUUGCUGACGUUUCAAUCUUGCUAUAUAUCUGAUCUGUCUGGCUUUUUUGAACUCUUACAUUUUUUCCGUGGCUGCAGCAUUCUACGUGGUAGUCUUCUCCUCGGCAGGCAAGAAAAAGAGAUAGAAAUGUGCUUUGAUGGGGAUGGAGAUCAUUGGCAACAAAUGGAGGGGCGACUUCUUGAUCUGCCUAGUAUUCCCAAUCAUUCCACCCAGGAUGCUAAAAGAUCGUUGAAUCUCAUUAAAUAUCUAUGCCAGAGGAGUAAAAUCAAUAUGGAAUUCUUUGGAAUGCUCCUAGCCGUUGUCGAUCAAUGGGGAACCUCUUCUCUAUCCGGUAGUCUUUUCCCCACGUAUUUCAAAUUUGUUCAAAUCUAUCUCGCGAUCAGUAAGAUGAGUAAUGGUACCUUCUACGCUUUUAUAGAUGAAACGAAUCAAGUGGCGAGGGUAUUGAUUGCUCAUUUUCUAGCAAUUCAGAAGAUCAUGGGGCCUAUUCUUUGUCGUGAAGCAGAAAUAAGUAAUCCUAGUAGUUUAAACGAUGGCCUUGGAGUCAGGGGUGGGAUCAGAGGCCAUGAAAAAUGGGUGGAGGCAAUCUGGAGUCAGUUGACCCGGGACGGUGAAUUGAAAUGGAAGGAGUCAAUGGAAUGGCCAAGGGCAAUUUUUCGGAGUGAAAAUUCGGAUAACUUUGGUUAG